GGCUGUGUUUGCUUUGGCUCACUUGUCGGUCGCAGCUCGGCCGGCUCGGAUCGUUGUGUUUGGGUGUGGAGAGGGGCCGACAUGCUUCUCUGAACAGGUGAUGUCCCUGUUGUACAGAUUCGCCCGGCUGCCUGACCGGGCAAACACCCACGUGUUCACCUUCAUCGUGACCAGGUCGGUGACCAGGGACCUCGAGAGGGACGUCACCUCCAGGGAAUUCAACUGCGGGUACCAGCGAUGGGCAAUCACCUUUUCCAGAAAUGACAAGGUGCUCGGAGUGUACCUGGUAUGGAGAAGCGGGCUCGCGGGGGCGGGCGGCAAGGGUGCCCCCAACAAGGCCAGCCACAACACCGGCAUGCGAGUCUACGUCGACUUCACCUUCACACUGCUCAACAGAGACCACUUCAGCGUCAACGAGGCGUUCAGUGGCAAACAGGUCAAAUUCACGUGCGACUGUCCAGCGCAAGGCAACCGCAACUACAUCCCGGUGUCGGACCUGCGGACGCGCAACUUCACCGACGAGAACGGCGAGUUCCAACUGGAGCUCACCAUGGGCAACGUGCGCACCGUGUUCGACUCGGACCUGCGGAUCACGCCGCAAAACACGUCCACCUCGAAACAGCAGCGUAGACAGCAGCUGCGCCUGGAGACUCAGUACUUCUCGUUCGGCGGAUUUGACUGGAACGUUUCAUUAGAACGAGAAGAGGAGGACGGUGCGUGCGUAGUGCAGUUAAAUCGGUUGACUGGCUUCGACCAUCGGUGUCAUGUGCGUUAUUUGGUAGUUUUGGGCGAGGGGGAGCGGCGCGUGGACUCUGGCCUUAUCGACGACAUCAGCGACACAGAGGGUCGGGUGCGGGGUUGGUGUCCGGGGGUGACGGUGUCUGAAGUGAUGCGAAAGGGGGUUGUGCGACUGCACCUGGAAAUGUUGCUGGCCAACAGCCUGAGUGAGGUGAAUGUGUCGACGCCUCCGAUCAGCGUGGGCACCGCACAGGUUGUUGCGCAGACUGCCCCUGCGCAGUGCUUUGACAAGGAUAAGCAACAGUGGCUAGUGACGUCAGACCUGCAUGGGGACACCUUGCGCUUCCACAUUGUCUUCAAGGACAUCCACAAUGUGCCUCGCAACCACCUCAGGUACGUGAGCUGGAGUUCGUACAUUAUGCGCUUCCCGCCAGACGACUCGUCGCCGCCUGAGCCGGUGGCUUUGGAGGGCUCACCUUUCAGCCAUUACUACGCCCAGGACACCAGUGAUGAAGGCAUCAUGAUGGAAACCGAGGUUCCCGUCAAGGAGAUGCGAGUACCAGACUGCGAAUACUUCAGCGACAGGUCUCAGGUGCGUUUGCAGCUCGAGUGGGAGGAUUCGUACCUUCUCUUCCAGUCCACCUACCACAAGUACGAUGACGUCACCCGAGUGCACAACUACCAAAUGAGACGCGAAAUCAACGCGUUGCAAGCGGAAAACUACAGCUUGGAGCGGCAAUUGUUCAGCUACCAGAAGAGCAUAGCGUACGCCCACUCGCGGGGUCAGUACUCGGCCGAAAACACCCCUGUCGGGGGCACCCCCGACGCGGCCCCUUACCGGCACCACGGAUCCUUCAGGCACAGCAGCGCAGGCGCCGCGCCCAAGCACGGGGGGCACCAUUACCACCCCAAUCACCACCCCGCAGCCAGCAGACACCGAGCGAGCACCGGCGGCCUGGAAGUGGAGCCAACGGGCCAGUCGAGCCAACUGGUGGCCAAGAGCCCCAACACCUCUCCCAGACACCAUCGCAGGAGCAAAAGUCCUCAUUUAAGACCCGGGCACUACGGCGGCGACCACCCUUCAGGGGACGAAGGCGAGGGCGCCGGGCCGGAACUGGAGGUGGGUUACUGCGAGGAGGACGGCUACUACGAGGAGGAGCAGGACGACGAGGAACGGCGAUCGUACUCGCUCGGCGAGCGCUCCCUCUCCACGGACACCGAGUACGCCUGAG